CGAGGUGUCGCUGUUAGGGUUCGGAAUUGAAUGCAACCCCCUCCUCCUCCUCCUCCUCCUACAGAUGUCUUUACAUGUCGUCUCAGCGAUCCCCCAAUCCCUCCUGAAUGUGAUUUCGCCAUUCUACCCACUCUUUCCCUCUGCAAUCCCCAAUUGAACUGCCUACUUCCGCAAUCCGCGCCCUCCUCCUUCGCUCUCCGAGUUUGGAAGAUAAGCUCAGCUGAAGAGGGGUUUGGGGAGAGAGAAAAAGAUGCCUCUGUAUGACUGUGUGCUUUUGCUGAAACCCCAUGUAAAGAAGGAAGCAUUGAUGGAAUUGGUGGCUCGGAUAGCAAGAGACGUCUACGUGAAAAACGGGGUCGUCACUGAGAUGAAAUCAUUCGGGACGGUCCAAUUGGGUUAUGGUAUCAAGAAGCUUGAUGGGAGGUUCUAUCAGGGUCAGAUGAUGCAGUUGACCAUGAUGGCUACACCAAUGAUGAACAAAGAGCUGCAUUACUUGAAUAGGGAAGAUAGAUUGUUGCGAUGGCUUCUUGUGAAGCACCGAGACACAAAAUUUGGGCUAGAAUUACUUACUGAAGAAGAAGAGAAGCAUGAACUUAGCAAAUUUCCUCAUAGCUCUAUAUUUGAUGGUGAGAAUGCAGAUAAAGAUGUAGAUGACGAUGACGAUGACGAUGAAUAUGAGGUGGACCGAGAGGAAAAGAAGGAAGAAUAAAGAGAAAAUCGUCAUGUCUGGGCUCACCGAUUUUGUAGAUUUGAUGGGCUUUUGGGUCCUGCUUCAGUGUUAGCAGAUGCUCGUACUCAUGUUUAGUAUCUCUCAAAUGCAAAAUGUGCUUGAUUUAUGUGCUUCUGCCAUUUUCCGGGAAAAGUAGCUUUGAGAAUGAAGGUUUUAGUUGCUUUUUGCAGGUUUCUUUUGUCGGUGAGUGGUUUGAAGUAUCAAACUUUUAAUAAUAACAUAUACCUAAAUGAGAGAGACUAUUGCAUGACUGCAUGCUGGAUUUGUGUCUCA